AUGCAAAAACCGAAGCCUUCAGGAAACCAAGGAGACGAGGUUCCUGAGAGGCUGAAGCCGGUGCUCGAUAUUCAGUUCGCAAUCGAGGCGAAAGGAGGAGCCGUGACUUUUCACGAUGGAGCUGACAACGGAGAAGACGACGCUCAGCUUCGUCAUGAUGUAGUUCAAGCAAUCAGUGAUCGAGGCCCCCGAGACUUGGAUUAUUCACCAGAACCUGCACAAGACAGCGACGGUGGUGGCCAGGGGGAGCUCUCCAAGUCAGCGAACGGCAUGCUGGAGGAUGCGGAGGGCGCAGAUCAGCCCAAUCAGGCUGGUACACUAGGCUCUGCGAUUACUAGUCAGGGUGUCUUCGAUGUCACCCUUGCCGAUGAUGUCUGGUCGGCUGACGACAACGAAGAAGAGGAACAAGUGGCUCGUGUGGACACUGGUAACACUCCCACAACACCUUUUCAUAGUACUACGCGCUCUCGUACUUCGAUUAGCGGGAGUUCUGCCACGCCCAGAUUGGUCGGUUGUCCCCAAACGCCAUCUUCGAGCGUCGGCCCGCAACGAUUAGGUCUAGAGGGGCCUGUCUUAACGAGAAACCCACAACGCUUUCAGCAAGACGUUGAAGAGGAGGCUCGCACCAGCAAAAAUGUGGCAGGUAAUUGUCUUGGAUGGCAGAAUCUUUGGAUCCUGUGGGACAACCUUGGCGACCUCGAUCGACCGACCUCUGGUUCGAAAGCCAAACGCACAAGCUCUGACGGUGCGUCAAAUGGAGGGACGUAUACGGCGACUAGGCGAGCAAGGGCGAGGAAAAGAAUGGAUAACAUGGAAAAGGAGGCUACAGAGAACAAGCGGCCGUUCAUAAUGUUCUUGUGGGUCUUCUUAUUUUCCUACGUGAAGAAACAAAUUGACGCUCCGAAGAAGAAGAUAGACGCCGCCGUGAGGACCGGGAUGAACGUCUCGUCUGUGAUAGAGUUGAACGCGAGGAAAGAGACCGCGUGCGACGUGAAGAACUGGUAG